UCAUGAAUAUGGCGGAAGAAUGAAAAAAGUCAUAUGAUUGAAACAGAUGUAUAAAUUUACUUUUUUUAACAGUUCUUCAAAUGUCAAUGAGAAUAAAAGAAGCUUUUGAUACCAGUCUCAACAACAACAAAAAUGAGAAGUUCAUAAGAUAUGCCAGUAAAAUUGAAUCAGCAAUUGAACAAAGUUACAAAAAAUUUUCUGUCUAUAUAGAAGGUUCAGUAAGAGUCACUCGUUUUAGGCCUGGUAGCAUUAUAGCAGACUAUGAAUUUAAAUCAACAACCAGCAGCCCCAACAGCCCUGAAUUUGCAGAUGCAAACAAACAGGUCGGCAACACUCUCAUAGGAGAAGGAUUCCCUGUAGAUCUGGAUGGUUUUGCUGAAAGUGAACAAAAGAAUCUGUCCACUGCAGAAAAAUGGUAUCCUCAGCAAAAUAUGGUGCUAAAAUGCAUACGCCCAGAUUCUGUUGUGGGUACAAUGAGAUGGACAGUGAAUGACCAAGAUCCUACACUAAACACCAAUAAAUACUUAAUUUCAUCUGACAGUAGCACUCUCACUGUGAAUAGCGUCAGUGUGUAUGACAGAGGUCGAUACACAUGUAUCAUAGACAGGACAAUACCUUACAUCCAAUGGCAAGAUAUAGUUAUUGAACCACUUCCCAAUAUCAUAGUUGGUCAAAAUGAAAGAAAGUUCCAGUGUGAAGACCGGACUGUUUCACUGACAUGCUGUGAAGAAAAAAACAGUGUGGAGUGGAUCCAAAUAACUUCUGAGGAUGUUGUGGCACCUCCAGUGGAUGGAUGCAUCACAUUAAAUCAUAAAAUCAAAAAAGGUGAUUGUGUGAGUAAAACCUUUGAAUGUCGACUCAAGAACCCGGCGCUUCAAGGUUUCAGCUAUGGUAGUUCAAGUGUUACAGUUUACAAAUCAAUGGAAGAGUUUAGCUGUAAAAAUGAAAAGCUUGGAGAUGGAAAGGAAGAUGAAACUUUGACAGGGCUCUGUGAAACAGGCAAGGAAGGCACCAUAAAAUAUAGAUGUAAAUCAGGUGAAUGGAAGCCUGAGGAGAUAAACUGUAUUCUUAAAGUUAUCAUAAACCUUGAAAAUAAAGUUCAGGUUUUGGUGGUGCAGGACAUACCAGACUUUGUGACUGAGCUUAGUAAUGUUACAGAGGAGAAUAAGAAUGAGAUAACACAGUCUCCUGUGACUGUCCUAACAAUUGUUGAAAUACUUGUAAAAGUUGCUAAUGUUUCACAAAACAUUAUCAUUAAUCAGCUUGUGAUGGAGGGUUUCCUUAACACAGUGAAUGUCCUUGUUUCGGAAUUGGCCUUUGAUUCAUGGACAAAUUUGAACAAUGACAGCAGGACUGAUAACACCAGCACUGCACUUCUAAGCUCUAUUGAGAACAUAGCAGCCCGUCUCACAGAUGGCAAUUUUACGAUUAAUAAAACAUCUGUUGAGUUGAACAGAGCUGUAACAACCAACACCUCAUAUAGUGGAAUAUCAAAAUUGCCAAACUCAACUACCGAGAUUGAGAUUCCAGAGAUUCCUAUAUCCACCCAUAUAACCAUCAUAGUCUUCACAACUCUUGACAAAAUCCUACCUACUCGUAAUACUACUACCAGUAGUAGUAAUAACAGUAGCAAAUCAGAUGUGCGCAUCAAUGGAGAUGUGGUUGUAGUUAAGAUUGACGAAGAAACAAUUACAAACAUAUCUUUUGUGUUUGACAUAACUGAUCAGUCUUUGGGAAAUCCUCAGUGUGUCUUUUGGAAUUUUAAUCUUGACGCAUGGGAUUCCACUGGAUGUGAAGUAAAGCCCUAUAUACGUAAAGGGAAUGAAACUGGCAGGAUUACAUGUGAAUGCAACCACACAACCUCUUUUUCAAUCUUAAUGUCACCAUUUUCCAUUAAGCACAUAGCCUUAGCCUAUAUAACUUAUGGUGUAGCUAUUUCGAUGGCCAGCUUGAUUUUGUGCCUGAUUAUUGAGAUUAUUGUGUGGAAGUCAAUGACAAGAAAUGACACAUCCUACAUGCGACAUGUCUCCAUAGUCAACAUUGCCGUGUCCCUGCUGAUCGCAAACAUCUGUUUUAUCAUUGGAGCUGCAAUCGCAGAACAAGAGCAGCCAGCCUCAGUGGGUCGCUGCAGUCCAGUGGUUUUCUUCAUGCACUUUUUUUACUUGGCUCUUUUCUUCUGGAUGUUAAUGUCGGCGCUGUUGCUCUUUUACCGUACAGUCAUGGUCUUGUCUCAAAUGUCAAGGGCCAAAAUGAUGCUCAUUUCCUUCAUAUCCGGUUAUGGUGCACCUUUGCUCAUAGCAGUCAUUACUGUUGCCUCAACAGCUGGACCUCAAAAUUAUAUAUCCAAAAGAAAUGCAUGCUGGCUGAACUGGUACGAAUCAAAGGCCCUGCUGGCAUUUGUGAUUCCAGCUCUCACUAUUGUAGUCAUAAACCUUAUGGUUUUGAUCGUGGUUCUGUACAAGAUGUUGAGGAGAGGAGUUGGUGCUACAACUCAACCAGAUGAGAAACAUGCCCUGGUGGUCAUUGCCAGAUGUGUGGCCAUUUUGACUCCUAUCUUUGGUAUAACAUGGGGAUUUGGAAUUGGAACCAUGGUGUCUGAAGAUUUAGGCAUUCAUGUGGUGUUUGCACUCCUCAAUUCACUGCAGGGAUUCUUUAUUUUGGUGUUUGGAACGCUUUUAGACAGCAAGAUCCGUGAGGCUCUGGCAGGGAGACUGUCACUAAGGAACUUUACCAGCUCUAACCGUACCAGGAGUACUAGUGCAGGACCAUCAUCUUCAAGUGGACUGGGUUUCUUUCAAAGGAUGCGGAGAAGAAAUGUGUACAACACAUCUGAAGCCAGCGCUUUCUCAGCAGUUACAUCUUCACACAGCUCCAGUAGCACAGAUACUAUGAAUGCAUAAUCACCUACUUCAUAAACUAUAGUUUACUUUAUUAAAUGUUAAACAGCCUUUUUUAAACAAGUUUUCUACACUGCAAGUAUAUGUAAACUGCUCUAUCUGUUACUGAUUUCUGGGAUGAGGUG